UAUUUACCUGACAGUUGUCAACUCUUGAAAAGAAAACCUAACCACAACUUUUGCGAGUGCUAUCGGAUAAUAUUCUAUGAAAUGUUGUAAUUAUAACAAUUUAUCCCCUAUAAUCAAUUUGUUUUUAUUACCUGCAAUACAUAAAAAUUUUUAGGUUAGGAUACUUGUGAAGAUUGGAACAUGUUUAAAUUUACUAGGGCUUUUAUUCAAGCAAAAUGUACCCACUUAAAUGGUUACAUACGUUUAUCUUUUUCAAGCGCCCCAACGGUUGAAUUAAAAAAUGUUACCCAGGAACCCACAACAUCCGAAACGAUUAAGAGGAGAAAUGGAAUUGUAGCUGCUGCAUUUGCUUCACUUAAAACCGCGGAAGUUACUGAAAUAAACACCCCUCAUACCGACAAAAGAAUUAUGUCGGCUACUAAUAUCGAAGAAUUAUUAUCAAUAUCAAACGGGACUGGUAUUUCAAGGAAACACGCCUUGAAAGUUGUUUCUGUUUUAGCCGAAUGGUCAUCUAACGGUAAAGUUAGUUUACCAGAUUUUGAAACAGAUCCAAGAUUUUUAAAAUUAUGUCGCGUGUUAUCAAAAACAAUGGUUAAAACUCCAAACGUACGGUCUGUUUAUAGUAAAAAUGAAGAUUUAUCAACCAUUUUGGGGAUUACAGCUGAUGACGAAGCUGCUAAAUUAAUUUCUGGGAUAACAUUACCUCAAAUGGUUAAAGUAAUGACGAGUUUGGCUCACAAGAAGCGCCGAUCCAUCGUUUUAUUACGCUCGUUGGCUUUCAAUAUCACCAAAAGCUCCAACGUUUUAGAUUUAAAACAAUGCGGUGAUUUACUUUAUGGUAUGGCAAUAUUAAAUUUUCCUGAUGAAAAUUUAUUGGAGAAAGUUUGUUUUGAUGUUUGCAAAAGUGUUAAUGAUGAUUUAAAUAAAAGCGCGGUUAUUGGAUCGGUUUUAACCAGUUUAGGAGUUUUAAAAUAUAAAGAUAUUGAUGUCCUAAAUUGUUUAAGUAAAUGGAUGGUUAAACAUGCAAAUGAAUGUCGCCCCCAAGAUAUUUUUGCUUUAUUUUUAACAAUGGGCGUUUUAAAUUAUACCCCUCAAAACAUUGAAGAAAUUGUUUCAGUUUUUCUUCCAAUGUUAACCCCAACAGAAGCAAAUAAAUCAACGGUUUGGUUGGAUUUUGUUUGGUCACUCGUUCUAUUAAAUAAAGCGAAUGUUGAUCAAUUAAAUAGUGUUUUGGAACAAAAAUUUAUUCAGCAACUUCACAAUGAAAAAGCUUUGACUGUUGUUAAUAAAUUAAAAUUAUUGAACAUUGAUUCAUCCGCUCAAUACUUUGUUAAAAAUUACAAAGGGGCCCGAUUAAGUGAACAUUUAAAUUUGGAACAGAUCGAAAUUCCUAGAAAUAAAGAAAAAGAGGAUAUGUAUUUAUCUGUUAUUGAUAGCUUGAAGAAUUUGGCGUCCGAAAAAUGUUUUAAAUCGAAAGUUAAUACUGGAUCAGGUUUUUAUAUUGAUAUUGAGUGUAUUUUGGACGACAAAUCGAAUCCAAUUCCUUUAGAUAGUCCUAAAACAUCAAAUAAAAAAGUGGCUAUUUUGAUGCAUCAAUACCAAGAUAUGUGUAAAGGAAGCAAUGAACCAUCAGGUUUAAGCAAUUUCAUAACAAAACUUGUUGAAAUAAAAGGAUAUAAAGUGAUAACAAUUCCGUACACUGAAUACAGACCAAAAGAUAAACUUGUGGAUAGAGUAAAGUAUUUACAAAGGAAAUUAAAAAGUAUAGAUGGAUAAUUACAAUAUAGGAUAAUUAUUUAAAUAAUUUGAAUUAAAAAAAGAAAU